UGUGAAGUGACACUGGCAGCACCCCGUGCCUGUGACAGAGAUCCUGUCUCACACCAGUUUCCACGCCACUGGAGCUGUUCUAGGUUGCACCCAUCUCCCUGACAAUGAAAUCAGGCAGGAGACCCCAAGGACAUGAAAUCCAACCGCUGGGCUUGAACUCCGCUCUCAUGAAACGGGUGGCAGUCAGCCGCUGCCUCACUGAAGUCAGGGCAGGGGAGAAGUUACAGGGGAAAUAAGUCAAAAUCUGUCCCUCGUCGUGUGAGUGACCCUAGCUCCGGACAGCUCCCUGCCCUCCCCUUCCCCUUUAAAUGCAAAUUGUUGCGUGGGCCCGGCUGCUGUUGACACCGAGUCUUGCAGGGCGCUGCGCCGCUGGGAGCAGAACGGGGGGCUUUGUCUCCUUUUACUGCCCAGAGGUUCCUUGCUGCAGUGGGUUACUGAGCCUGCGACUGGCCUCAGCCUGGGGAUCGUGUUCUCAAGAUGGAAGACAAGAAGAAGAGGAGUCCGAAGCCUGCCUUAGCUCAGCCUGUGUCGUCCAGCGCUCUGCGCAAACUGCCCGUCCCCACCAGCAAAAGCACCACCUUCUCUCUGGGGCUGCCUCAUCUGCCCUCCCCAAAGCAACGGGCCAAAUUCAAAAGGGUGAACAAAGAGAAAUCUCGUCUACCUCAGCCUGGGGGCAGUGGGGGCGCAGCACUGGGGGCCCCUCUGCAGCACUCCUUCCUGACCGACGUCUCGGAUGUUUAUGAGAUGGAGGGUGGGCUGCUGAACCUGCUCAAUGACUUCCACUUGGGCAGACUGCAGGCCUUUGGGAAGGAGUGCUCCUUCGAGCAGCUGGAGCACGUCCGGGAGAUGCAGGAGAAGCUGGCGCGCCUGCACUUCAGCCUGGAUGUCUACGUGGAGGAGCUCUCUGAGGACCAGAAGAAGACGGUGGCAGAUAGUAACCUAGAUCAGCUGCUGACUAAUUUGGAAGAGCUCAGCAACUCCAUCCAAAAGCUGCACUUAGCAGAGAAUCCAGACCUGGAGGAUGCUGCCACUGCCUAGCUGGCUGCCUGAUCCCUCCAUAAGCAACAGAGGGCAGCAUUGAGGAUUCUGGAGCCAAGGGAAAGCUCCACCAGCUUGACUCUCUGUCAUGGCCCCUCUGAACUGUACAGAAAUGUAGGAGUAUAAAAGGAAGGACACCCCUAAGAGAAGGGGUUUUGGGGGUGGGAUGGGGGAGGGGCAUGUUGUCUAAUAAUUUUGUAUCAAAAUCCAGGAUUUUUAGAGCAUCCAAAAAGGCCAAACACUGUCAAGAUAACUUGAAAAGUAAACAAGAAAAUCGUAGAGGAAAAAUGGGGCAUCAGCAGUGCUGGGUUCUCUCUCCUGAUCUCUUCCCAGCUCACGAUGUGACCUUGGGCAAGUCGCUGCACCUCUCUGUGCCUGAGUUUUUUCUUCCCCCUUCUUUUUAAAAAUGGGGUUAAUGAUACUUGAGCAACCUUGUAUAAAGCUUUUUGAGAUUCCUGGAUAAAAAGUGCCAUAGCAAACAAAGCAUUGUUAAUGGGAGAUUGAAUCCCACAGCCUGAAAAUGAAAUGUUCUGUCUGGACCAUUUGAGGGGCUGUGAGUGAUAUGAGUUUGGUGGGUUUCAGUCUGGCUCCUAGUGGACAAACAGCUACAUCACAAAGCCUUGCAAAAUACCCCAGGCCUUUUGUAGAAAUUCUUUCUGUAGGGGCUGGGUAAUAUUUCCAUUCCAACAAGGAUAGAAGUGGUGGCUUUGCUAGACCAGACACCAAAUGUAAGAUGAGAGGAGUUUAAACAACUAACAUUUCUACAUUUACACACAUAUCCAGUUUUAAACAGCUAAGCUGCUCCAAUUUGACACUGAAGGUGAAUAGAUGAGUGUAUGUUUACAUGUCAGAAUGUUUUUCUAGUAGUAGAAUGUAGCACUAAAUAAUGAAAUUGUAAUGUAAAUAAACUAGGUGUGGUAUUUUGCUGUUU